GUCAACUGUCGCAAAAAAAAAAAAAUUAAAAAAUGGUGAUCUCAUUCCAAAUAUUGUUGGCCGUUAAAUAAAAACUUAAAGCAUUGGCCGUUAAAAUAAUAUUUUGUAUAGAAAAUUGCCUUUUCAACUCUACUAACUAAAGAUUCGUUGAGCGACUUACAAUCCUUCAAUAACUAUCAUUAAAAUGUUGUGUAAACUUUUUGUUGCUCUAUUGGCACUUUGUUUGUUAACUUUAACGCUGAGUGCCAAUCGUCGUUAUGACUUGAAACUGUAUGGCUUCAACUGCAAGAAUCUUACAAGUCGCAUUUCGGUGCUUGAAUGCAGUUCACGGAAUUUAAAAACGCCAAAUUACUAUGCACUGCAAGGAAAAAUCAUGUUUGAUCGCAAAUUAAGCGAAAAUUUUGAGAUGCGAAUAUGGAUAUACAUUCGACCAUCCAAAUCUAAGAAUGGUGUGCAAUUUUUAGAUUUAAAAUUUAAAACAUGCGAUAUUCUGGAGAAUGCUUUUCAAAAUCCAAUGCUUAGUAAACUAUUUGCAGAAUUUCGCAGAACCAGCAAUAUACCCCAUACAUGUCCCAUCAAUUCGAACUUUUUAUACCGCAUGGAUAAUUUUACGGUAAACGAAAAAUAUGCACCCACUUAUGCACCGCUUUUAAACUUUACGUUUGGCUUAGAUUUCUAUGAGAAAACUACACUACUUUGGACUGCAAAAGUUACAGGUUCGCUUGUUCCCAAAACUUCGCAGGGAGGUAGCAUAUGAGAACAUGUAAACAAUGAAAAAUUAAAAUUUAACUAAAACUUAUCUGUAUAUAUGUAUUAUAGGCAAUAUCUUUUUUUCCUUGGUGUUUUAAUAAAAUUACAUGAAACAA